UGGAAAUUUCAAUCAUGACCACGAAUCCCUUCAACCUCUUAUAUUUUUAGGAUGAAACUGAAUUUUAAUUUAUGAUUUUUAAAAGGGAAUUAGAUUUGGGGUUUCAUUUCUGAUUUCUCAUUUCGAUUCCCAUUCCCCACCUCUUUGAAACUCUUGGCUCUGGUUUGAAAGAAAAAAUUGAAAAAAAAAUGGCGGAAGAACAUAGAUGUCAAGCACCGAAGCUGUGUGCGAACAAUUGUGGAUUAAUCGGCAGUCCCGCGACGCAAAAUCUUUGUUCAAAAUGUCACCGUGAUCUUCAGCUGAAGCAACAUCGAUCUUCCUCCGCCAAACACGCCGUUAAUCAAACCUCGAUCCCUUCGCUGUCAUCUUUUCCGUCGGUUUCGUCGUCCUCGUCUGCGGAUAAGGACGCUGGAUCGGUGGCGGAGACGAAGGCGGCGGAGGUGGUGGAGGUUGAGGUUAGACCUAAACGAUGCUUAAGUUGUAACAAGCGCGUGGGGCUCACGGGGUUCAAGUGCAGGUGUGGGAUGGUGUUUUGUGGGAUCCAUAGGUACCCUGAAGAACAUGGUUGUAAAUUUGAUUUCAAAGCAAUGGGGAAACAACAGAUUGCUCAAGCUAAUCCCGUUGUUAAAGCUAUCAAGCUUCAUAAAAUCUGAAAUUUGAAGUGAAAUGAUCGGAAAAAAAAAACAAGAAAAAAAAGGAUUUGUUUUGUUUUGUGAUUGUGUCAUUUGAAAAAAAAAGUGAUGAAAUUAUAUUGACCGUCGAGUCUCGCCGGUCGGUUGGCCGUUCAAAUUGUAGGUGUGUGACUUUA